AUGUCAUCGUCCCCCGCCCCUGAUUCCUUUUGGGUUGUGGCUGCUCCUUCAAGAAAUUGGGAUGAUAUCCCUACCAUCAAUGUUUGCAACCAUGAGGUACCAUUACCCGCGUACUGGAAAAUUUUCGAACUAUUAGGGCAGGGACAGGCCAAACGAGAGGUUAUUCAAUCGGUCAUUCGACACUCCGGCUUUAAAACCCUCCAGGUAGUCACCGAAGUUGUUGAAAGUGUUGCACAGAACCAGCAGCUUAUCUCCCGCCGAUCCACCAUGUCCAACAGAUUGAGCAUACCCUUUAAGAAGGCAAACCGGAUUAGCAUCUAUAAGGCUUUAAAAAACGAAACACAUUGGGAAGUCCCAAUAGUGGAAGACACUUUGAGUGCAGCCAAGCAACGCGAGAGGAGACUGCUGAAUGAUGCACUUGCCAUCGCCCAGCAAAAAGAGCAGCUCAACGGAAAGGCGAUGAAUCCUGAUGAGCGCCGGAAUACUGCAUCUGCCAUCAAUGAUGAAAUGAAACAGGUCCUUCGGCAACACCAGGAGGCGGAGAGUGAAAUCAACAUGGCAAAGCGGCUCACUGCCGCACAAAAGGCCUCGUUUACCUGA